CCCAUGGCCAACAAGCAGCAGCAGCAGCAGACCCUCCCUGCCUCGCGCUUCGACCUCGCCACCUAUGCAGGCAGGGUGCAGCACAUCCUGCAGGUCACCGAUGUGCGCACUCUCCUGACAUCCUCCGCCCAGCUGCAAGAUGCCCGUGCUACUAUAAAUCGCUUCCACCAGGGCCAACUACCUCUGUCUGAGAGUGUCUGGCAAGCUAAAAAAAUACUCGAUGCUACAGUCCACCCAGAUACGGGCGAGCCUAUCUUCUUGCCCUUCCGCAUGUCCUGCUUUGUCCUGACAAAUCUCGUCGUGACAACUGCCAUGCUCACGCCAAAUCUGAAAACUCGCGGUAUCCUCUUUACCCAGGGCCUAAAUCAGAGUGUCAAUGUUGCCUUCAACUACAGCAACAGCAACAAGUCGAGCCCGCUGAGCAAUAUGCAGCUGCUUGUUUCCUACUUGACUGCUACAGCGGCCAGUUGUACAGUUGCUGUGGGCCUCAACAAGGCCACAGCCUUCAUUGCCGACGCCAAUAGACGAAGGGUCGCUGGCCGACUCGUGCCGUUCGUUGCGGUCGCAGCGGCUGGUGUCCUCAACGUCUUUCUCAUGCGGUCCACUGAAAUUACCAAUGGCAUCGAUGUCUUCACCCCAGAGGGCGAGCUGGUGGGUAAGUCUAGUCGAGCAGCCGUCGUGGCUAUUGGCGAAACAGCAGCGUCGCGAGUCAUGAAUGCCUCGCCCAUCAUGGUUCUACCACCGCUACUAUUACUUGCACUCCAGCGACCAGGACGUCUCUUGAGUAGACGGCCCAGUUUAAUGCUGCCAGUCAAUCUGCUCAGCAUUUUCGCCACGAGUAUUGUGGCACUGCCCCUGGCCAUCGCCGUAUUCCCACAGCGCGAGACCAUGCCUGUUGCCAAGCUCGAAUCUGCCUUGCAGACCAAAGCGGGUCACGCACGGGUCGUCGAGUUCAAUAGAGGCAUGUAGAAUAAGAAUGUAGAUGCAUGACUGUAAAGUGUAAAUCUAGACAACCU